GGCAGCAGGAGAAAAAGGGGAAGAACAAAGGGAGCCUCCCACUUUCCAUUUUUGGACAGUUCCCAUAGAACAAUAACAAAAGGAGGGGGAAGAGGAAGGAGGGUUAAAUAAGGAGGAAGGAAGUGAGGAUUCCAAUCUUCUUUUGGCCCCCUCAAUAAUACUAUCAAGCCCCCCCAAAGCUUCGUCUUCUCCAUACGGUUUCGCUUCCUCUCGACCAAUUUGAGGUAGACUUCGCCGCCAAAAUCUCAAUUUUCCCCUUCAAUCAUCUUCCUCUCGAGUUCCAAAGCCUCUCUUUCGUCUCCUCUCACCUGGUUUAAGGUAGAACUCGUUGGUGGUGUCGCUUGCUCCUUUUUUCCUUUAUGGUCGAAUUGGCGGAAACCAGCCCUGGUUUCUAAGAAGAUACGGGGGGCCAGAGAGAGAGAGAGAGAGAGAGAGAGAGAGAGAGAGAGAGAGAGAGAGAAGGGUUCGGGAGCUCCCCUUGUUAUGGGGGCGGACGCCGAUGGAGGUGGCGGCAGCGGCUUCUCUGGCCCGGGGAAACCUAGCAACGGCACAGCGGCUGCCGCGGGGGUUGCAGGGCCGGCGCAGGCGCUGAAGCAUAAUCCCGGGCUGUCGGUGGAUUGGUCGCCGGAAGAGCAGGCCAUCUUGGAAGAAGAACUCGACAAACAUGCAUCUGAAUCAAGUAUAAUUCGUUAUGCAAAAAUUGCCAUGUCGUUGCCGAAUAAGACAGUUCGUGACGUGGCCCUGAGAUGCAGAUGGAUGACUAAAAAGGAGAGUGGCAAGAGAAGAAAAGAAGAUCAUAACUUGUCAAAGAAAAGCAAAGAUAAAAAGGAGAGGGUCACAGAUGCUUUAGCAAAACCAUCGGCCCAUCUAGGAUCACUUCCUAAUGCUCCUUUAUACCCACUGCCCAUGCUUCCUAUGGAUGAUGAUGGCAUUACAUAUAAAGUAAUUGGUGGUCGAACUGGGCAGCUCCUUGAGAGUAACGCAGAUGCCUUCACUAAAAUUUCUGCUAAUCUUGCUAGCUUAAAGGUACAAGACAACAUUAGUCUACUUUGCCAAACACGGGACAACAUACUUACUAUCUUGGCAGAUUUGAACGAUAUGCCUGAAAUAAUGAAGCAGAUGCCACCACUUCCCGUCAAGAUGAACGAAGAAUUAGCUGACUCCAUUCUCCCCAGGACGACCGUGCCUAUGCAGUCGUGAAAUGUGGAUCUUCUUUCAACCUGCAUAUCGAUGUUGGAAGCCAGAAGAUAAAAAGACACCACCCUUAUCUGGUUUAUGCUCAAAGUCUUUGUAGUAAAAUAUUAGAGUAGAUGCUUUGUUAGUGUUUCCGGGUGACCUGUUCUUUUGUUCUUUAAGCAAAUGAUCUUAAUAAAUGUUCUCUAAGUAAAUCCUGUGCAGUAUCUAGGAUUAUGUAAAUGGUAGCUUACAGCCUUGUUGCAUCCUUGUAUAACCUUCUGUUGGUUGUCCAGUGGACAUCCAAUUGUAAUAAAUGUUCUAUAUUAACUCUCAUGCAGUGUUAGAUUCUAACCACACCA